GUUUCAGUGUUCUUUUAUCAGCCGUCUGUAGAGUACAACGAAUUUGAUUUAUGCGAAAGCAAAAUGCCAAUAAGUGUUUUUUGGAUGAAUUGUCGCGUUUAUCUUGCAUUGUUUGUCCUCGAAAAUCAGACGUUCCGACACAUGGAAAUAUUAAAUGUAACAUUGAUGUGAUUUGAUAUACCGUUUAAACGUUUCGUACAAUCUAUGUAUUGUCCGAAUUCUAAACGUCAGUGUUUUGUCCAUCAAAGCGUUAUUUUUUUAUAAGUACUGUUAUCGAUCAGUAUAAAAGCAAGAUAUGUGUCAUCGAGCAAUGACGCAUUUACAGGAUACUUGAUCAACUGAUUUACCUCAGUGCUAUGGAUAUUGGAGUAAUUUUUAUUUGAAUUUUGAAUGCAAGUAAAUAAAUUGCAAGUAUUAAUAAAAAAGAAGGAUGUCUGGGGGAGAACGUAAAAAACGUGCUUGUGAUAGAGGACAAGGCUGGGAAGAGGCAGGUGCUGAAUUUUAUCAGGAAAGUUACCCUGCAGCUAUUGAGGCUGAUUUGCAACAAGUAUUACAAAGGGAUCCUUCUCAUAUAGCCACUUUACUUCCAAGUAAAAAAUCUCGUGUUGCCACAGCUAAACGAAUACGUAAUGAUACCAAAACUACAUUGAGAAGACGCACUAGUACAAGAUCUCGUGGUACAACUACAUCGAGACGUAUGUCAACCAAUAUUCAUGAUGCUGCUGUAUCUAUGUUGCCAGAUUUAUCUGAGAAUCUGUCUAACGAAGAACGCACUUGGGAAGAAAUAAUGCAAAUUAAGGCUAUGCCCAUAUGCAUGGCACAAAAAAUACAGUUAAAAAACCAAUUACAAAGCGCUACAAAAUUAAGGCUGCAAGGUUUCGAGCAAUUGAAAUGGCAACGAAGGAAAGCUUGGCAACAAUUUCGUAUCAGAAUGAAGGAAGCAUAUUCAAAAAUGGAGCUGUGGAAUGAUAGUCUUAAAACAAUUGGAGGGAAUUUUGGAAUGGGGACAGUAGCAUACUUUUUAUUCAUCAAAUGGUUGAUGUAUCUAAAUAUUCUUUUAUUCUUAAUUAUGUUUUCAUUUAUCGUAUUACCUGCAGUAUUAUUUGAUAUGCCAGAAGAAGAGUCAUGCAUAAAUUCUAACAACAGUCACAGCAUAUCGUGCUGUUCCGAAAUGUAUUGGAAUAUGACUGAAGGGAGUAGCAGUUUAACAGAUAUUGUACAGGGCACUGGUAUUUUAGAAUACACUUUAUUAUUUUACGGCGCAUAUACUCGUAUGACUUAUGACGCUUCUGGUAUGUUUUAUAAUUUACCAUUGUCUUAUAUUUGUGCUACAAUUGGUAUAUUUAUUGUUAGUUUGGUAGUAAUUGUUAAGUCAGCUGCUAAAGGUUUCAAACAGAGAGUCGUGGAAAACGAAGGUCAAUUUUAUAAAUAUUGCAAUUUAAUUUUUGGGGGUUGGGAUUACUGUAUACAUAAUGAAAAGUCUGCAGCUGUGAAACAUAAAGCACUAUAUAAUGAGAUUAAAGGAUUUUUAGAAACUGAAAGAUUGGAAGAAGAAAGACAAAAUCGAACAAGAGAGGAGAAAACAAAAUUUAUUAUUAUGCGUUUGUUCAUUAAUUUAAUUGUUCUGACGGUAUUAUGUGGUUACGGUGCAUUCAUUUACUAUAUAUUUGAAUUUUCGUUCGAGCAAGUUACACACCACACAGUUCAAAGUAAUGAUGCAGGUUAUGUAUCAUUAAGUAAAAUUAUUCAGUUAUUUUUUGAGUUUCUUCCAUACAUAUGCAUUGUCGCUUUAAAUUUUGCAGUACCGUUUUUGUUUCGGUAUUUAGUGACUCUAGAAAAUUACAGUCCAUCGUUUGUUGUACGCGUAACUCUUUUAAGAACUAUAUUUUUACGACUUUCUGCUAUCAUUGUUUUACUCGCGUCAUUUUACAGAUUAAUUGCAAACGAUAUACCGGAUAACGAAUGUACUAAUAUUCUUUAUAGACGGCCAUUAUGUUGGGAAACAUUUGUGGGCCAACAAUUUUUCAAGCUCUACAUUACUGAUAUUAUUCUUCAGUUCAUCAUGACAUUUUUCGUGAAUUUCCCUAGAUCGUUAAUAGCAAAGCAUACAGAAAAUAAAGUAUUACGGUUUUUUGGAGAGCAAGAAUUUGAUUUACCGAAGCAUGUGUUAGACGUUGUUUAUUUGCAAACCAUUUGUUGGCUUGGUUGUUUCUUUGCACCAUUGUUGCCACUAGUUACAGUAGUCGGUACUUUCCUGUUGUUUUACAUCAAGAAAUUUGCUUGUUUAGUUAACAGUACUCCAUCAAGUAAGAUUUAUAGAGCAAGUAAAUCGCAUUCGCUUUUCAUGUUUAUUUUAUUAAUUUCAUUCAUUAUAUCUACAGUCCCGGUAGGUUACUCCAUUGCAGAAAUAAUGCCAUCAAAAUCCUGUGGCCCAUUUAGAGGUUUAAAGUCAGUAUGGUCUUUAUUAAUUCUAAUGUUUUCACAGUUUCCAAAUUGGCUACAGUCGAUUUUGUAUUUUCUUGGUACUGCUGGAUUUGGUCUGCCAGCUUUUAUUAUUCUUGUCCUACUUUUAUAUUAUUAUUAUGCAGUAUCAGUAGCAAACCAGCAUAUGGUUACAGUUUUAAAGAAUCAAUUGGUAUUAGAAGGUCAUGAUAAACAAUUCUUACUUAACAGAUUGAGUGCUUUUAUUAAGCAACAACAAGACCAAAACAAGUACCAUCAAGAACAAACAAAUGAAUUAGGCACAUUUUCAUAAUCAGAAUUACAAAGGUUAAAAUAAUUUUUAUGUAGUAAUUUUAAAAGCACAUAAAUUUUAUAAAUGUAUAAUAUAAUUAAGUGUAAGCUACAUACAAAUUACUGUAAUUUGUUUAAUUUAUGUUGACUUUUUGUUUGAUAGUAAAACUAUUUAUUUUUUUUUUUACAUAUUCAAUCAGUAGUGUUGAGAAUACUUGUGCAGGUACAAUUACAUAGUGUUUACUUAAAGGAUAACUUCAAUACAGGGUUAUGCAAAAAUGGUCAAUAUGGACAAUAUGAGGAGUUUUACAUGCAUUUUGCGUUACACAAACAGAUUUUGCAUUUAAAAGCACCAUAUUUGCUGCCAAACAAUUCUUCUAUAGUUUUAUCAAUUUCUUAGAGUUAAAAAAUAAUUAGUAUGUAUCUUUUAAGUUAAUUAGGUAAUCUUAAAUAUGGUAAACAUGAAACACCUAAAAAUCAGGGUACAAAGUGAAAACUGCAAUAGUAGACAAAAUUGCAAAUUAUUUAUUACGUAUAUGUAAUUUUAAUAACUUAAGAUACAUCCAAAUGGGAUAGUAGUACCAAUAUAAGAACAUUUCUUUUAAAAUAACUUCUCAUAACAUAGUAGGUAGAAUAAUGCGAUUAUCUUUAUUUUAGUUGACACAGAAUAUCAUAAACUCACUUCUUAAUUUUAUAAACAAACAUUAGGGUGCUUUUGCUAAUAUGAAGUGAAGUGAUAUAUGGUGGACCUAUUUUUAGAUUAGCUGAGUAUUAGAAAUGUA